AUGUUGUUGAUCACGGAUUUCCAUGAGCACGGCUCGCUUUUUGAGUAUUUGCAGCGUGGCGAAACCCUGUCUGUGAACGAAGCUCUACAAUUGGCGCUCAGCGCAGUAUGCGGCCUGGAACAUUUGCACGGUGCCUUGCGUGGUACCGGCUCACCACAGAAGCCAGCUAUUGCUCAUCGUGAUGUAAAAUCGAAAAAUAUCAUUGUCAAAAGGCGUGGUGUUUGCUGCAUUGCAGAUUUCGGGCUUGCAUUAACUGAGGACAUGGUUCGAACUAAAAGCGAUAUAAAUGUGCAAGUGGGCACCAAACGAUACAUGGCGCCAGAAGUUCUCACCAAGACACUGAAUGCAAAAAAUUUUCAUCACUUUAAAUUGGCCGAUAUUUAUUCAUUUUCACUUGUGAUUUGGGAAAUUUUGCGCCGAAUACAGGAAGACUAUACUAUAUCAAGAAUUUCUGAAAGUGACAGUGGCAUUGGUAGCAGUGGCAGUUCAAGUUCCGCAAAACGUUUGCCUGAAGUUGCUAUGAAUCGGAACGGAUCAAAAUAUUCUUCCAAUGCCUCGAAUAAGGAGGAAGGCGGGCGAGGCGCUUCAGAUGAUUCUGUG